AUGUCUACUCCGCCCUUCCACCGGUUGCUGGCCUUCUACAGCAAUCGCAGCGACAACCCAGAUACUCAAACCAUCCGCCUCGGCGACUCGCUCCGAGGCAAUCUAGCUCUCGGUCUUGACUUCCCAUUCGCUUUGGCUAUAGCAGUAGGUCGUCAUAUCUGGCUUCGCAAUACCGGCAUCUUCUCCCUCAGCAUACAUGUCCCCUCCGUCACCACCACCAAGACAUUACUUGACGGUAUACCCAUAGACGAAAAGAAAGACUACACCCGAUCCGAGAUUGUCCAUGCAGCUAAGCAGAAUGGGACAGUCGGCCAGCUAGAUGCUUUUGGUGUCUGGGCCCUAGCCAGCGAUGUCGAGACGGGGCUAUUGAAGGGCUCGGAUGUGGUCUCCUUCCAACGAGGCACACUAUUACAGGAGAUUGAGCGGAGGAGGAAAACGAGGAAUCAGGUCUUGCCUGUGUGGCGAGGAGGGCCGAUCAGUGUUGCUGGUCACUCGUGGGCCGUCAAUGCAGUGUUUGGGGUGCAGGUGUAUCGAACAGACCUGAGGGAUGACUAA